CCCAAAAAAGUUAAAACGACGAGUUUCGCCGAUCCAAAUCCCCAAUUCACAAUCUCUUCUUCUUCUUUUUCUUUUCCCCUUGCUCACUCCAACAAACUAUUCCCAGCAGCUUGCGAAACAACGAUUCCUCUCUUCGUCUCUCAUGGCGUCGCCGAAUCAGGAAGCAAUCGCCACUUUCAUCAGCAUCACCGGCGCUUCUGACGCCGUGGCCGCUCAGAAGCUCCAGGAGCAUCGUGGCGAUCUUAAUCAAGCUAUUAAUGCGUAUUUCAUCGAGGGAGAUCGAAAUGCAGUACGUGAAGCACCAGUGAAUGUCCCUGAAGACGAUGCAAUGGACAUAGAUGAUGAUGUGAUUCCUCCGGCUGCACAAUCUCCUCUAUCUCUUCUCAAUGCAGCGGGUGGACCCUUUUCGCUUCUCGAUUCAGACUUCGCUACAAGUAUUUUUGAUAGGGAUCCGCUCAUGCCACGCCCGCCUUCGUUCGUUAGUCAUCCCAGGGAGGUUAGGCAGAUACCCAUAGAGGUUAAGGAUAGCACUGGGCCAUCAGAACGAUCUCGUGACGCUCCUACUAUUGAGGAUGUUACGGAAACAGCACAUGUUAUCGGCCCUGCUGCCCAAGGGACGGUUAUUAUAGAUGAAGAGAGCGAUGAUGAUGUUCCUUUUGCACCAACAAGGAGAAGUAGGCAUGCUGUACCUGCACCCAAUAAUAUUCAAGAUUACAGUGAGGUGGAAGAAGAGAUGAUCCGAGCUGCCAUUGAGGCCUCAAAGAUGGAGGCUGAGGGGCUAAAUAAUCCUUUGCCUGAAGAGAGGCCUUCUCACAUGGGAGAUGCUGAUGACAUAGCAAAAGCCGUCACAAUGUCACUGAAGUCAGCGGAGGAAGAAACUUUACGCAAUCAAGGGUUUAAGGCCUCAACCUCAGAAAUAGGAACUUCUGCUGCUCAAGGAUCAGAAAGUACCCAAGCCCUGAACGGAAGAUUGGCUGCACCUAGCGCACCAUUUGAGGAUGACUCUGAUGACGUUGAUGAUGAGCCUCUUUAUAGACACAGGCCAAGACGUGUGGCAUCUGGAACUCCGGCCCCACCUAGCCCUGACCGUUCCCGGAGUAGGAGUCCUGAAGGAGAUAAUCCAGUGGACAGUGGCAAUAGGUUUCCUUCCGAGUGGGGAGGCAUUUCGUCUGAGGAACAUGAUGAAGCUGUCAUGCUCGAAGCAGCCAUGUUUGGUGGCAUUCCUGAAACUGGAUAUAAUCAUCGUCCAUUCUUACCUCCUCAGCAGUGGGCACCACCACGUCCACCCUCGCCUUCAUUGACAGCUCAGAGGUUGAUACGUGAACAGCAGGAUGAUGAGUAUCUUGCGUCCCUGCAAGCUGACCGAGAUAGAGAACUGCAGUCCAUUAGAGAUGCUGAGGCACGUCAGUUAGAGGAAGAAGCUGCUAGAAAGGCUUUUCUGGAGGAAGAAAAGAAAAAAGAGGAAGAAGCUCAGAGAAAACUUGAGGAGGAACAGGAGCUCGAGAGGCAACUAAAAGCAAAAGAAGCUUCUCUGCCAAAGGAACCGCAAGCAGACGAAGAGAAUGCUAUUACUCUUCUAGUCAGGAUGCCUGAUGGAACUCGACAUGGCCGCCGAUUCCUUAGAUCCGAUAAACUCCAAUCUCUUUUCGAUUUCAUAGACAUUGCAAGAGUGGUGAAACCCAGGACUUACCGACUGGUGAGGCCUUACCCUCGGCAUGCGUUUGGGGAUGGAGAAAGUGAGUCUACUCUGAAUGAUCUUGGAUUGAGCAGCAAGCAAGAAGCAUUGUUUCUUGAGCUUAUCUGAGUAAACUGUUUAAUCGCAUAAAAUAUAUAUCAGACUUUCUGCUUAGAACCUCUGUUUAAUUUUUAAGUUAUGUGGUUUAUAUUUCUUUCUAUACAAGAACAAAAUAUAUUUGUUGGGAGGGAUUAUAUAAGUUUUCAAACAA